AUGGGCCGCGCGAGCGACUUCAAGAGCCGGCUCGUCGGCGGCGACGGCCGCACGAGCGCGACGGUGCCGCUCGAGCCGUUCCGCCACCAGGUCGGCGGGCACUCGCACAUCUUUCGCUUCUCGAAAAAGGCCGUCUGCAAGCCUCUCACGUCGCGCGAGAAUCAGUUCUACGAGGCCGUCGAGCGCACGAGCCCUCGCCUGCUCGGCUUCGUGCCGCAGUACCUCGGCGUCCUCAACCAGUUCAUCCUCAUGGAGGACCUGACGGGCACGCUCAAGAAGCCGUGUGUGCUCGACCUCAAGAUGGGCACGCGCCAGUACGGCAUCCUCGCGACGCCCGAGAAGAAGAAGAGCCAGACCAAAAAGUGCUCCAAGACGACGAGCCACGACCUCGGCGUCCGGAUCUGCGGCAUGCAGGUGCGCUCUCCCUUCCUCUCUUGCCCCUCCCUCUCCUUCUCGGGUUCGCCGUCCCUGACCGAGCGCUACGUGUUCCAGGACAAGUACUUUGGCCGCAAGGUCACGAUCGGCGACUUCCCGUCGGUCCUCGCCUCGUUCCUGCACGACGGCGAGCGCGUCCUCGCGUACCACAUCCCGCACAUCCUGCGCCAGCUGUACCGCCUCGCGUCGAUCGUCUUUGGCCUCGACCGGUUCCGGUUCUACGCCGCGUCGCUCCUGUUCAUCUACGACGGCGACCCGGACGCCGACUCGUUGUCGCUCGACCUCGAGCCGGGCGAGUUUGCGCCCGACGGCCGCAUCGUCGCGCGCUUCCCGCCGACGCACCCGGACCAGCCCGACCGCGGGUUCGCGCUCGGGUUGCGCAGCCUGUGCGCCGCGCUCAAGAUGAUCUGGGCCGACGAGUGCCGCGCCGGUCACCUCGAGGGCCUCGAGCGCGAGCUGCACGUCGAGGGCGAGGACGUGUUCAAGCGCGUGUGGGGGCCAGAGGCCGACGAGCCGGGCCUCGUCCUCAAGUCGCUCACGCCCGAGACGGUGUACGAGCUCGCGACGUCUUGA